AUGCGCUGCGCAAUUCUUCUGUUCGCGAGCCUUCUUCUCGCGGCUCGUGGGGUGAGUUGUUCCGAUCGCGGGAAGAGGUACCUGGUGUUCCCGACACCUGGGCCAAGCAAUGCCGCGACGAAAGUACAGUUUAUCCUCGGCCUCGGUUUACCCAUGGAAGUCGACGUCAGCCUGAUUAUCGGAUAUGUGAUGAAAUUUAAUUACGUCCUACCCUAUAACGCCUCCUACUUGACGGACUCAUACAUUCGGUAUGACAGAUCGAUCAGCAGCGAUGUCGAAGCCGACGAGGAUGACGACCGUUCGCUGGAUCACCAAGGUAUAGAUCACGUCAUUUCCAGGUGGGAAAUUUACGAAAUCUUGGAAUCGGUGCUCGGUGACUCGCAGACGGGGAAAGCCUGCCUUCUGAGAGCGAUCUGCGAGGCGUCCGCGGCUCCUUUCACCGGCGUUCACGGUCUCAGCUCGCAGCUCGUCCAUCUUCUCCUCACCCCUUCGUCGACUUCCGACCCUUUCAGAACUGAUUUCGAUCGAAUAUAUCAUGCUGCUGAAAUGCUAGGACGAACUGCAACUUGGAACUGCGGCACUUCGUUUUCCGAGUGCGAAGAAAGUCUCUUGGAAUAUUUUACAGAAGUUCAUGAAUAA